UGUAUACCAGUUGUGGGUUAUUUACCUGGCAGAUUAGUCACAAACUUAUACAAGAGGAGGUGUGUUCGAAGUUGUAUAAAUAGGUCGGCAGAUCGGACCUCAAACAUAUUCUCGGAUACUCGCCAAGAUGAAAACAAUUCUGUCUAUCGCUCUGCUGGUGUGCGUUUGCCUGGCAUACGCAUCUGCGUUGCCAAGCCCAUCCCAGGCUAAGGCUCAAGCCGCCGAUGAGGUGUUAGAGCCCCAGGAGUCGCAUUGGGGCGGCGGCGGCUGGAGGGGCGGUUACGGAGGAUACGGAGGUUACGGAGGAUAUGGAGGUUACGGAGGCUACGGAGGCGGUUAUGGACAUGGAGGUGGCUGGGGACACGGAGGAGGCUACGGCGGCGGCUGGGGCGGCAGGGGCUUCGGCCACGGCGGCUACGGCUGGGGACGCUAAACACACACCAAUGUACCUUCCUUAACUUUACGUAUUACUUAGAUCUGUGAUGUGAAUAUACAAUAAAUAUCGUUUAAAAUA